CGAAAACCUCUCACUGCCUCGAUGAUGUAGACGCCUUAAAAGACUUACUAAUAAAAUUAUUUUUGGAAAAUAGACUGAAGAAUUCACUAAUCAUUUUAGACGAUGCUUGUAAAACGGAAGUAUUAACAUAUUUCGACAUUAAAACUAAGACUGUAAUUACCACUCAAAAUAAGAGCAUAUUAGUAGGAGACAAUGUGAAAUUUGUAGAGAUCAAAACAGGUUUUUCCUCUAAUGAAUCAUUGGAACUGUUCAAAAAGUCAUUGGAUGUCAGACGCGACCUACCGGUAGCCGCUGAAGAAAUUCACCAAAUUUGUCGAGGUCAUCCAAUGCGCAUAUCGCUCAUAGGAUCUUACCUCAACGAAAAUGCCGAAGAAGCCUUGCACGGGGACCAUAUUUGGCAGUACAUCAAAGAUCAAUUCCUUAACGGACAAUAUCGACUGAACGAAUAUACAAACCCUAACCCUAAAGACUUCUAUGAAAUCAUCGAUAAAUGCAUCGAAACACUACUAACAGACGAUCUCAAAGAACUCUACAAAGACCUCGCAAUAUUCGAACAAGAUGUGAAUAUUCCUUCUGAAGUACUACAAAUCCUUUGGAACAAAACCUCGAACGAAGUUCGUAAUAUUAUGAGCACUUUGGCCGGGAAAUCGCUAGUCGUAAGGUUUUUUCACACUGAUCUAAACAUUUACAUUUAUGGCAUCCAUGAUAUCUAUUUAAGUUACCUGAAGGAAGUUACUAAGGAAAAUAGGAAGAUUUUACAUAGGAAAUUAUUGACAGGGUACGACAAAAUUACAAAUUCUGAUUACACAAAGCUACCCGACGACAACUAUACCCUCCAGUUCAUUGGAUACCACAUGUUUCACGGCGAAGAAUUCGAGAAGUUCAAAGAAUUCCUUAAUUUGAACUUUCUGGAACUUAAAAUCAAAGCAGUAGGCACCGAAGACGUCUUGAGAGAUAUGGACAAGUACAGAAAUUACAUAACGAGAAAAGAAAAUCAUGUGGAAGAGAAACUUAGACAGUACAAGGAUUUCAUCAAACGGUGCGGUGGACAUUUGUACAGCUACAUGCAGACGAACAUCGUUCAGUAUGCUUUGAAGGAAAACAAGGACAGCUAUGUCUUUAAGGAUGCCAUGAACAUAGCCAAAACGUCUCCACAUCUUUAUUUUCAACUUCAGAAAUCUUGUGAAGAACUUGAUUUGAUUCAAAACAUUCCUAUUAAAGAUGACAUCCACUCUGCCUGUUACGUAGAUAGUCCAAAUCGCAUACUUAUUGGUACUGUUAAGGGCAACAUCAAACUUUUUUAUGAACGAAGUGUCACAGAGAUAUCUAACUUCGUGGGCCACGCUGGCGCAAUCACUAAUUUGAUUAUUAGUCCUGAUAAGAGAUACUUUCUGUCCAUUUCUAUCGACAGUACUAUUAAGCUGUGGAAGUUCGCUCCUGAUAGUUCCAGGAACAGUCGAGAUUUUUCGAAUGGAUUUGAAAAGGGAUUGAUAGAAGCGGUCGUUUCUCCAAAAAAUAAACAACCCCAUUGGCUGGACAUCCACACAGCCGAUCGCGGCCAAAUAAAACCAAGUAAAACGUUCAAAGCUGAAGACGGUGAUGAUGCUUUAAUAUCUGCUGCCUUUCACACCGAAUUUCCGGAUGUAUUUCGAAUAGCGACGUCGAGCAGGAAGGGGAAGGUAUUCAUUUGGGAUUUGCUUGCAGAGAAACCUGUUCUUUUGUAUAGCACCGCUCCAAGGGGCAUUCCAGUCCCGUCACUUCUGUAUUCCAAUGUUGAAGGUCCUGUUAGAGCUGCGAGAACAGCUUUUAUACGUGAUUAUGUAAUUCAUGUGAUUCAAAUAUAUAUGCCCACAACAGAUGCCCCAGAUGAAGACAUUGAUGAAAUAUAUAACAACAUAGAAAACAUACUGAAGAAAAUACCACAAAAAGAGCCAGUAUAUAUUAUUGGAGACUUUAACGCCAAAGUGGGAAAAACGGAUAAUGAACCACAUUUAAGAGGUAUUGUUGGGUCAUUUGGCUUGGGCAUUAGAAACAACAGAGGAGAACGUCUUCUACCGUUUGUCAGUGAAAAUAAUUUAGUGAUAACAAAUACCCUUUAUAAAACACCACCCAAGAAGGCUCUCAACAUGGACUAG